AUGAGGUCACUGCUUAUUCUUGUUUUCUCUUCUUCAGUGAGACUGCUACUAAUAUUUCCAAACCAGGCAAAAUCCAUGGAUGACCUGAGCGAGUCAAUUCCAGUAACAAGGCCGCCGUCGAUUCUCUUGUAG